CAAACAUCAGCAGUGAUGGAGUCCAGGACGUCUCGGGCCGCCUCCGUCCUUCUGUCUGAUCCGUGCUUCCAGCUCCACUCCAUCCAGUACCUGUUAGGAGAGGGGGCGGAGCCUUCCUUCAGCUCCUCCUCCACUGCCUGUCCUGUAGUUGGAGCGGUGGUUUCGUCCGUGGCUCCUCCCCUUCCUGUAAGCCCAGGAAACGCCGGCUCGUCAGAGCGUAAACACUUCUCCCUGCACACGUACACUGACUACAUUAGUGACCAUGAGAAAAACAAGGUGGAGCUCAUGUUGCUGUUUCUCACUGAAGAAUCUAAACAGGCUGCAGCCUGCACAGCUCCGACCAGUGAAGAAGACCUGUGUCCAAUCUGCUACGCACACAACAUCUGUGCUGUGUUUAGACCCUGUUCACACAAGUCCUGCAAAGCGUGUAUCAACCAACACCUGAUGAACAACAAAGACUGUUUCUUCUGCAAAGCUACGAUCACAGGAGUGGACGACUACAACAAGACAGCAUGAUGAUGACGUCACUUCCUGUCUGUCAGUCAGGUGACUGAAACAAAGCAUGGUUGUUUAUUUACUUUGUUUAUGAUUGACGUGAAAAUAUUUAAAUAAAAAAUAAAUAUAAGCAAAUCUUUUUCUUUUCAACGUCUUUGUGAGUUUUUAGAAUCUGAAGUGUUCACAAUAUAAACUUAAGUUUUUUCUCAUAAUAAUAUCAACAAUAAUAACAUGUUUGUGUGAAACUAAAAUAUAAAUGUAUCAAAUAUUUAACCACAAUAAAAGAUUUACCCUGAUCACAUGA